AUGUCGGAGACGGUUCCUGUGGCCACAGCUGACACGGCCCCGGCCCCCGUGGAGAAUCCUCCAGCUAAGAGGAGGGGGAGAAAGCCGGUGGGCAUGCCAGGCUCAAGUCGCAAGACCCCGAGCCUUUCUGUGUCCAAGCUGAUCACGGAGGCUCUCGCGGUGUCCCAGGAGCGAGCUGGCAUGUCUCUGGCCGCCCUCAAGAAGGCGCUGGCGGCCGCCGGCUACGACGUGGGGAAGAACAACAACCGAAUCAAGCUGGGCCUCAAGAGCCUGGUGAGCAAGGGCAUCCUGGUGCAGAUCAAGGGCACCGGCGCCUCGGGCUCCUUCAAGCUCAACAAGAAGGCCAUUCCUGAGCCCCGCAAGAGCAAGGUCAAAAGGCCCACUUCUGCCAAGGCGAAGAAGCUGAUCUCCAAGGAUUCGAAGUCCCCGAAGAGUGCCAAGACCACCCAGAAGGCCAAGAAGCCUCGGGCAGCAACAGCCCCGAAAGCACCCCGAGGCAGCAGGAAGGCUAAGGGAGGCCGGGGCAGGCGGCCGGCGCAGAGCCCAGGAAAGGCCCGAGCAGGGGAGCCCAAGGCUGGGAAGGCCAAGGUCACCCAGCAGAAAACCAGCACCAGGAAGGUGGCGUCCAAGAAGUAA